AUGACAUUUCCUAUAUUACCUAUAAUUUCUUCCUCCAAUAAAGAAGCUAUAGCUGAAUUCUCGGUUGUGGGGCAAAUUUUGCUUCCACUCGAAUCAGUUUCGAUUUCCAAACAUUUUCUCCACCAAUUUCCAAAUUACAUCGAUGUAAACGUUGACACUACCUCUUCAAAAGUUGACAUUGACCAAAUUGUUGAAUUGUUAAAUAGUGGGAUUAAACAGGUAUUUAUUAAAGAGUCUCAAAUUGAAGAAUUCAUUUUGUCGGGUGGGUUACCAAGUUCCAGAUUCGCUAUUAAAUUUGACUCUUCAAAAGUGUCGGAUACGGCGUUAGAAACAGACAGUGCGUUUGUAUUCAAUUGCGAACUUGCAAAGGAUGACGCCAAAAAGUACAGUCAAAGUGGUAAUAGAGGUCUCUACUAUGAAAAUCCUUCUAUUACUCAGGAAUUGGCCAAUAAAUUAGCCACUGAAGAUAUUUAUCCUAUAAUUGCUAGCGAAUCUUUAACUACUGCUUCAUCAGAGAGUGGUAAGAUUUCAAUUUCCUCAUUGUUCACUGCUGGUUUGACCACUGAUCGUCCUGAUGGUCUUUUCACUACUUUGAUCACUACACCUGCUCCAUCCUAUACUGCAUUAGGUAUUGUCUAUUCAUCAGUUGAAUCUAUUCAUGCCUCAAUUGCUGAAAAACAAGGCGUAUAUCAAUCCAGAAAACGUCGUGACGAAUUAUGGUAUAAAGGUAAGACUAGUGGUGCAACUCAAAAAUUAGUCAAAUUGGAAAAGGACUGUGACUCUGAUGUAGUCAAAUUUAUUGUUGAACCAAGAGAAGGUUAUGGAUUCUGCCACUUAGAUAAAAAUUUUACAUGCUUCCAUGAUGGUGAAUUAAAACAAAAAGGUGAAAGCUUUGGUAAGGGAUUAGCAAGGUUGGAUAAUACAUUACAAGAUAGAUUUCAGUCUGCACCUGAAGGUUCUUAUACUAAAAGGCUAUUCAAUGAUGAACCGUUAUUAAUCGCCAAGUUGAAAGAAGAGUUGGAUGAAUUAAUAGAAGCUGGACAAAGUUCUUCAAAAGAUACUAAUGAAGUCGCUUGGGAAUGUGCGGAUUUGUUUUAUUUCGCAAUGGUUUGGUGUAUUAAGAAUGGUGUUAGAUUAGCAGAUGUGGAAAGAAAUCUUGAUAUAAAAAGCGGUAAAGUUACUAGACGUAAAGGUGACGCUAAGCCAGCAUACUUGAAGACUGAUAACGAGAAGAGCGAACAAAGUAACGAAGAAUACAAGAUGGAAACCAUAUAUGUUAAUGAUAAAACCACCGAUCCUAAAGAUAUUGCCAAGGCUUUAAAUAGACCUGUUCAAAAAACUGCAGAUAUUAUGAAAUUAGUUUUACCAAUAAUUGAUAAAGUUAAGAAAGACGGUGACAAAGCAUUAUUAGAGCUCACAUCUAAAUUCGAUGGUGUCAAAUUAAAGUCGCCAGUCCUUAGUGCACCUUUCCCAGCUGAUCUAAUGGAUAUUUCUGAAGAAAUGAAAGAAGCUAUUGACUUAUCUAUGACAAACAUUGAAAAAUUCCAUGCAGCUCAAUUACCAAAGGAAAAAAUAAUGACAGUUGAGACAGCCCCAGGAGUCUACUGCUCUCGUUUUGCUAAGGCAAUCGAGAAUGUUGGAUUAUACGUUCCAGGUGGUACUGCAGUAUUACCUUCUACCGCUAUGAUGUUAGGUGUACCAGCAAAAGUUGCUGGCUGUUCGAACAUUAUUGUUGCUACUCCACCUUCCCGUUCUACCGGUAAGUUAACACCAGAGGUUGUAUACGUUGCUCAUAAACUAGGUGCUAAGUGUAUCGUUAUGGCAGGUGGUGCUCAAGCUGUCACUGCAAUGGCCUACGGUACUGAAAGUGUGCUCAAGUGUGAUAAGAUUUUAGGUCCCGGUAAUCAAUUUGUGACUGCUGCAAAAAUGCAUGUCCAAAACGAUACACAAGCAUUAUGUUCGAUUGAUAUGCCAGCUGGUCCAUCUGAGGUUUUAGUUAUUGCUGAUAGUGAAGCGGAUGCUGAUUUUGUUGCAAGUGACUUAUUAUCACAAGCAGAACAUGGUGUUGAUUCUCAAGUUAUUUUGGUCGGUGUUGGCUUAACGAAGGAAAAGUUGAACGAAUUUGAAUCUGCCGUCAAGAAACAAGCUCAGGUUUUACCAAGAAAAGAUAUUGUGGCCAAAUGCUUAUCACACUCAUACACGUUGUUAGUUGACACAUACGAUGAAGCAUUCAAGUUAUCCAAUAAGUAUGCUCCGGAACAUUUGAUCUUACAAGUUGAAAAUGCUAGAUCGUUUGUUCCUGAUUAUAUUGAAAAUGCUGGAUCAGUAUUUGUUGGUGGUUUAUCUCCAGAAUCCUGUGGUGAUUAUUCUAGUGGUACUAAUCAUACAUUACCUACAUAUGGUUAUGCUAGACAAUAUUCUGGGGUUAAUACUGCAACUUUCCAAAAGUUCAUUACUUCCCAAGAUGUUACUGAAGAAGGUUUGAAGAGCAUUGGUAAAGCUGUUAUGACCUUAGCUGAAGUUGAAGGUUUAGAAGCUCAUAGAAACGCUGUUCAUGUGAGAAUGGAAAAAUUAGGUUUAUUGUAA